AUGUCAUCUAGAGUUCGCCAUACCAAAAUACCACCAGAUACAUCCGCAUCAACUAGAUCUAGUCUUCUUGAAAGUACCACAUCUGGCAUAUCAAGUGUGCAGCAUAACAAAACCAUUGGUUCUGCUCUAGAAGGCACUGAAGGGCGUCCAAGUUAUGCUUCUACUGCAUCCUCUGACCCACAGGAAAAGGACGUUCCAUUUGCUAUAGUAGACACUCCUGCUUCACAAAAGCCAAUUAUUGAUAUACAGCAGAUGGGACAAGCGCCUAAUCAAACAUUUUACCAACUGGUAGUGUUUCCUACGGACCUUGCCUUUUCAUCGACAGAUGCCGAGGACAACAGUAUUUCAUCCAAACCUGGCUCAAACCCUAUUGGUGGUGUAACCAAAAAACGCGUCCAGGCAUCGUCUGAAGCCCAACGACUUGCUUCCACCAACUCGAGUGUUCAGCGUAAAGGUGGAGUGGUGUUGCGAGAUUGGCCACGAAAAAGAAUUUCGCAAAACUGGAAUAGAAGUGGGAUGCUUAAUCCAGGUCAGCGUGUAUUUUCUUACAAGGAGUUUUUAAGCGGUGAACUAAAAGAUGAAGUGAUUGCUAUUUUUGGUCGGGAUCAAUACCAAGUGGUGGUGAACAAGAUAAAGGAAGUGACACACGAAAAGUAA